AUGAGGUCUGUAAAUAUUUUCGGAGUUUUUAUGUGCAAAUAUAUUAAAGGAUCGUUUGAACCAAUUUUGAAACGAAAGUAUUCUACAAAAACGCCAGGUUUACUUAGUGAUAUAAACGUACUGGAUCUAACAAGAGUUAUUGCCGGACCAUUUUGUACUAUGACUUUAGGGGACUUAGGCGCAUAUGUCAUUAAAGUAGAAAGUUUGGAUGGAGAUGAAGCCAGAAAGUGGGGACCACCUUUCGUGCAUAAUAACAAAGAUUCUUUCUAUUUUAUGUCUGUAAACAGGAAUAAGAAAAGUAUCUGUAUAGAUUUUAAAUCUGUAGAAGGCAAAAAUUUAAUGUACGAUCUAGCUAGAAAAUGUGAUGUGAUGGUUGAAAACUUUGUACCCGGCAAACUGGACCAACUGGGCCUGGGCUAUGAUAGGUUGAGAAAAAUAAAUGAAAAGCUUAUAUACUGUGCUAUUACUGGUUUCGGCCCAACUGGACCAUAUGCACAAAAACCUGGGUAUGAUGUAAUAGCAGCUGCUAUGGGAGGUCUGCUUAACGCAACAGGGGAGAGAAAUGGCAACCCAGUGAAACCUGGUGUUGCAAUCACUGAUAUAACAACUGGUUUACAUGCUUUUGGAGCAAUCAUGACAGCAUUGUACCACAGAAAAAAUACAGGAAAAGGACAAAAGAUUGACUGUAAUCUAUUAUCAACACAAAUCUCUAGUAUGAUUAACAUUGCUAAUGCAUAUUUGAAUUGUGGAAUUGAGCCACAGCGCUGGGGCACUGCCCAUUCGAAUAUAGUGCCAUAUCAAGCUUUCAAGACGAAGGACGGUGAAAUAGUUAUUGGAACAGGCUCUAACGCCCAAUUUGCAGACCUGUGUAAACUCAUUGGUAGAGAAAGUUUGAUAAAUGAUGAAAGAUUCAAAGACAACUCUGUAAGAGUAAAAAAUAGAGAUGAAUUGAUUGAGAUUAUUAGUAAAGUUAUUGAGACAAGAACAAAGAAGGAAUGGAUGGAAGUUUUUAAAAAUGCCUCAUUUCCCAAUGGCCCAGUUAACACAAUGAAAGAUGUGUUUGACGAUGAGCAUGUAAAAGCUAUAGAAUUGGUAAAAGAAUUACCUCAUCCAGAUGCUGGGACCGUAAAGGUUGUUGGACCGCCAACUGUUUACAGUGCUGGGGGUAAUAGUGCUAGAUCUGCUCCCCCCACCUUAGGACAACACACAAAGGAUAUUCUGUCAAACUUUCUGGGUUAUCAUGAGGCUAAAAUCAAUGAUCUUUUUGAUAAGAAAGUUGUGCGAUGA